CUUGUGACCCAGCGGAAGUGGUUUGGCGGGGCGGUUGGCCCGGCAGGAACCGAACGGGGGGGUUGCGAAGCUGCCCCGUGAAUAUCCUCGGGCGCUGGCAGGGCGGAGCAGAGCUGACCUCUGUUUCCCCUGAGCUGCCUGGAAAUAAACAGCGCAUAAUUAUAUUCCAGCUAUUGCUAUAAUAAAGCAUUUGGUUUUUCUGCAAGGACUGUUUGGAAUAGAGCUGACUGGGCCUUUCUCUUUCUCUUGUGCAGUCUGGAAUUCUUAUUGCAAAAACUGCAGAAGCAAAGAAACAACUAUUUGAUAAGAAAUGGAUGGAGAAGAGAAAACAUAUGGUGGAUGUGAAGGCCCUGAUGCUAUGUAUGUGAAGUUGAUAUCCUCUGAUGGCCAUGAAUUCAUUGUCAAACGAGAACAUGCACUCACGUCAGGAACAAUAAAAGCUAUGUUGAGUGGCCCAGGACAGUUUGCUGAAAAUGAAACAAAUGAAGUAAAUUUCAGAGAGAUCCCCUCCCAUGUCCUAUCCAAAGUGUGCAUGUAUUUCACCUACAAGGUUCGCUACACUAACAGCUCCACAGAGAUUCCUGAAUUUCCAAUUGCACCUGAAAUUGCACUGGAACUGCUGAUGGCUGCAAACUUCUUAGAUUGUUAAAUAAAAUAAAUUAUAAUAAAAAUGUAAACUUUUUUUUCAGUAUUUAAUACACGUAGUUCAGUUAGUAAUUUUUUUCAUAUAGCAUGUUGUGUAUGUUUGGUUAAGGACUGUAAUGGUCACUGCAGCAGGCUAUUGCCUGCAGUGGUUUGGCAUGCAUGGAUUUUGUUUCACGGCUUACAUCAAUAACAGUCUUCUCACCAACUGAAAAAUAAACGUGUCAACUCGUG